UCUGCAAUGAUAGGUAUACUUUGAAAAUGCAGUUUUAACCAAAAAGGAUAUAAGAAUGAUAUCAAGCUUGCAAAUAUGGUACAUAUUUGUAGGAAUGUAUAUGCCUCAAAUUUCCUACGCUAAGGAAGAAGUUCGAGAAAUGGCGAAAUUUAGCUAUGACGUUGUUGUGUUGCUGGUAGUACUAGCAGGGUUGAUAUCCCACUCUGCAGGUAUGGAUCCAGCCACUAUUGUCGCAAUUGCUAAAGUCGCCGGAAUUGUUAUUUCAUCUGGAGCAAGUAUGAUGUCAAAACCUAAGGACUAUAGUGUUGUCUGUUCCAUCGAGGUGGAAAACUGGACAAGGUUCAUUCUCGAAGAUCCACAUUCUUCUAUAGCUAAGGGGCAACUGCAGUCUUCGCCAGUAGUGAUUAGACCAGCUUCUAGAGAAAAGAUUAUAGCCCAUGAGGCGUCAUGGUUUAGGGGCACAUACGGAGUAGCCUCAUGGUUAUUAAAUGAUCGUCGUGCAGCUGUUAUGUGGCAUUGUCCUUACAGCUUUUUUUGGGGAAGCAAAAACAUGUUAGGAGUUGGUUUGACAGAAUCGUGGUAUGGCUAUCAUAAAAAUUGGUUCUAUCAAAUGUACAAAGGAGGAAAUGGUCAAGGUUUGAACUUUGUGCGAGACGACUAUUACUACGACACACCAACAAUUAGAAUAGCUGAUGAGAGAUUUGAAAUUACUGGUACAAUGGGAACCAGUCACAAGGCAACAGCACGAAUUGUCAUAAGACCAGUAAACGAACAUGACCUUGCGCCGUCAAUUGCAGCUGAACUCGACAAACGUGGAUUGGCUAAACUACUUAAAAGAGGUUAACAUAACCGUGUUUGAAAAUUAGGUAUAAAAUCAAAUUGAUCAUA